AAAUAUCUCAAGGACUUAAGCGUUUCUGAAGUGUAACACUGUACUCGAGGAAGAUUACAGGGGAGCACGCGAGUCAACGGAGGUUACACGAGGGGGCGGACAAAGAAUGCGAAAGGACUCGAAAGGUCGCAACUGGAGGUUGCGACUGACCGUUACAACAUCACGGAUGUACAAGGGUUCAACUGCCUCAACUUCCGCUGCACUACUCCAAGUCUCAAGUCUCUACAGCUGGGACUUAGUCUCUGCAAAAGAUCCUAAGGGCUUUUCUCAGCCCAACAUGGGGAGCACGCGAGUCAACGGAGGUUACACGAGGGGGCGGACAAAGAAUGCGAAAGGACUCGAAAGGUCGCAACUGGAGGUUGCGACUGACCGUUACAACAUCACGGAUGUACAAGGGUUCAACUGCCUCAACUUCCGCUGCACUACUCCAAGUCUCAAGUCUCUACAGCUGGGACUUAGUCUCUGCAAAAGAUCCUAAGGGCUUUUCUCAGCCCAACAGAGCAUUACACCCUCGUUGCACUUUUGAAUCACAACAGUUCCUUUUAUAAGACAAUUUUCCAUUUAUAAGAAACACACAACCCUCCC